UGCAACCCUUUCACGGGUCACUUUUUAGUCAACCUUUCAGGCAAGAUGGCGGAAUUCGACUUGACCACGCGUAUGGGCCAAUACUUAGAUCGACAUUUAGUGUUUCCUUUAUUAGAAUUUUUAUCUGUUAAAGAGCUCUACGAUGAGAAAGAAAUGUUAAAGGGCAAGCUAGAUUUAUUGAGUAACACAAACAUGGUUGACUUUGCCAUGGAUGUUCACAAAAAUCUCUACCCAGACCAAGAUGUUCCAAACAGUCUGAAGGGCAAAAGACAAGAUGUAGUGGCACAACUAAAAAGUUUACAGGCAGAAACGGAAUUGAUUACCAAGAUUUUUGAAGAUCCGGAAGUUGUGCGACAGAUGCAAAGCUCAAGGGAUGGUCGACAAUUGUUUGAAUUUCUUAACAAAGAACAUGGGUUUGAAGCCAGUAUGGUAGACACACUGUACACUUAUGCCAAGUUUCAGUACGAGUGUGGAAAUUAUUCCGGAGCAGCGGAGUAUCUAUAUUUUGUAAGAGUCCUGCUCCCAUCAACAGACAGUCAUUUCCUAGAUGCAAUGUGGGGAAAAUUAGCCUCAGAAAUCCUAAUGCAGAACUGGGAAACAGCACUAGAUGAUCUUCAGAAGCUUAAAGACAUAAUAGAUAGCAAUCCCUUUGGUUCAGCUCUUCAAAAUUUACAACAGAGAACCUGGUUAAUUCACUGGAGUUUGUUUGUCUUCUUCAAUCAUCCUAAAGGACGAGAUCUAAUUAUAGACAUGUUCAUUUACCAACCUCUGUAUCUGAACGCUAUCCAGACUACCUGUCCCCACAUUCUGAGGUACUUGACCACUGCAGUCAUUACAAACAAGAGCAGACGACGAACGGUGAUGAAGGAUCUGGUCAAGGUCAUUCAACAGGAGAGCUACAAAUACAAGGAUCCAAUCACCGAGUUUGUGGAAUGUCUGUAUGUCAAUUUUGACUUUGAUGGAGCCCAGCAGAAACUGAGAGAAUGUGAAGAGGUGCUGGUGAAUGAUUUCUUUUUGGUGGCAUGCUUGGAUGACUUCAUUGAAAAUGCUCGACUGCUGAUCUUUGAAACUUUCUGUAGAAUUCACGAGUGUAUUAGUAUCAAUAUGCUGGCAGAGAAAUUGAAUAUGACGGAGGAUGAUGCAGAGAGGUGGAUCGUAAAUCUCAUCAGGAACGCCAGGCUGGAUGCCAAGAUUGACUCGAAACUUGGCCAUGUUGUAAUGGGAACACAGGCUGUGUCACCUUAUCAACAAGUUAUUGAGAAAACCAAGGGCUUGGCAUUCAGAUCACAGAUGCUUGCCAUGAAUAUUGAAAAGAAACUGGGAGUCAGAACAGGAGAUGUGAGUUCCAAGUUUUUCCACAUAGAAAACAAAGAUUGCUGCUUCAAGGGCAGUAACUCUCAUAAACCAAAUUACUGAAGUUUUAAAAAAUACCAAGCAAGUGAAAAAUCUCAACUGUAAUUAUUUUAUUCGUAAUCUUAUUUUAGCCUUUUCAGAACGAGCCUUUUUUUUUUUUAAAAACUAAUUCAUGUGCAACACUGAUAUAUUACUAUGCAUGUAUAUCUCGCUGUUCUAUUGAAGUUGGAAAAUUGUAAAGUUUGAUUAUGAAUUUAAGCAGACAUACACUAGGAAUCCAGUUUAUUGAUAUUUGAAAAUCUUCACUAUAAUUGUAAAAAAUGAAAUUGUAAAUUGUGUAAUUAUAAUUGUAAAUUUUGUUUUUAUUUUAGAAGGAAGACCAUACAAUUUUUAUAAGAAUUAGUUAUACAUGUAUUUUGUAUUUUUUUCCAGCUACCACAGUGGGGACAGGAGUAGUCAAAUAGGAAAUUCCAUUUCUGUCUAAUUUUCCGCCGUCCUGUCGUGAAAUUUUCCUGGAAGUGUUGAUAAUAUGUGUGACAUUUUGGAUGUGGCCUUGGAGACACCUGGGGUCGAAUUCAGUAGACUUUGGAUUAAUAUACUGCAAAAUAUGACUUGGAAAAUCAAACGGAAAAAGAAAAUCAUGUAGUAAAUUAUUUAAUCAUU